AUGAUCAACACCUACCGUCUGCAGCAACAACUCACGGUCGGCUCCAAUCGGAGCCGUACCCCGCGUGAGAAAUGGCUCCCCAUGGGUGCCGGGAAGCCCUAUCCGCCCCAUCUCCCGGGCUCGGAGGAGUACGUGGUGGAGUUCGACGGAGCGGAUGACCCCAUGCAUCCCCAGAUUUGGCCUCUCAAGCGGAGAGUCAUGAUUGGAUCGCUGUUGACCUUCUGUGCCUUAAUCACCGCAUUUGUUAGUGCAGUCUUCGCAACUGCCGCCCCACAGGUCGAGAAAGCCUUUGGGUUUGGCUCAGAAGUUGCCGCUCAGGGCACGACUCUGUACGUGCUGGGCUUCUCGGCCGGCCCGACUGUGUGGGCGCCCAGCUCCGAGCUACUCGGCCGCCGAUGGCCUUUAGUGAUCGGCAUGUUUGGCUUCGACAUCUUCACCAUUGCCUGCGCGACCUCCAAAGAUACGCAGGCCAUCAUGUUGACCCGCUUGUUCUCUGGCUUCUUCGCGUCGAGUGUCAUCGCCCUGGUCCCUGCCAGUCUUUCCGAUCUCUUCAACAAGAACAACGUGCAAUCUCCAUUGCCAUCACCCUUUGUUGGUGGCUUUAUUGCCGAAAGCUAUCUCGGCUGGCGCUGGACUCUUUAUUUGCCUGCCAUCGUCGGGUUCUUCAGCUUGUUGUCGAUGGUUGUCUUCUGUGAAGAGACACACGCACCGGUCAUCUUGGUAAAAAAGGCGGCUAUCCUCCGAUGCCAGACUCGGCACUUGGGGAUUCAUGCCCGACAGGCCGAACUCGAAAUUGAUUUGAAGGAGCUGGUAAUGAAAAAUCUGGCCCGUCCGUUCUUGAUGCUCUUCACCGAACCAAUCGCUUUUCUGCUUACUCUGUACAUUUCCUUCAUCUACGGAUUAGCAUAUGCUCUGCUGGAAGCAAUUCCGACUGUAUUUUCCGGCACCUACGGGAUGACGGGCGGUGUGUCCGGCUUGCCCUUUAUCGGCCUGAUUAUCGGAGAAAUCUCCGGCAGCGCUUUCGUUCUCUCUCAGCAAGGCUCGUAUACUCGGAAGCUGAAGGCCAACAAUAAUGUACCGAUUCCCGAAUGGAGGUUGCUGCCUUGUAUUGUCGGGGGCCUGGCAUUCGCAGGAGGAUUGUUCUGGUUCGGUUGGACGGGUUGGAAUCGUUCAAUCCACUGGGUGGCGCCAACGGCCGCCGGAGUGAUGGUGGGACUCGGAAUCACCUCGAUUUUCAUGCAGGGCUUUAAUUACCUGCUGGACUCGUAUCUGCAACUUGCUGCAUCCGCGUUCGCAGCCAACACCAUGAUGCGGUCCAUGGCUGGGCCGGUCUUUCCCCUUUUCACGGAGCAGAUGUUUCAUAAUCUGGGGAUUCAGUGGGCCGGUACCCUCCUGGGCUGCAUCGCCGUGGUGAUGAUUCCGGUUCCUGUACUCUUCUACGUGUACGGACCACGGCUGCGGAAGAAGAGUAAGCUAGCGCCGCUUCUAGAGCCAGCGGAGCAGCUGAAAGGGGUGUAG